CUCAGGUGUGCGAGGCCCCGGCCCGUGUUCCUCUCAGAAAGGUCUCCACCAUUUCCUAGAAAAAAGGAAGAGGAAAUGACCAGAUUGCAGCUUCUCCACGACUUCUCGGCACCACCUCUUCUGUGGGCAUAGCCUGUGUUUGCUGUCACAGGAGACGGUGACGUUCAGGGACGUGGCUGUGGUCUUCAGCGAGGAGGAGCUGGGGCUGCUGGAUGCCACCCAGAAGCAGCUGUAUCGUGACGUGAUGCUGGAGAACUUCAGGACGCUGCUCUCAGUGGCACAUCAGCCCUUCAAACCAGAUCUGAUAGCCCAGCUGGAGAAGGAAGAGAAGCUUUGCAUGGAGGAGACCCAAGGAGGAAGCAAGGGUGGACAUGCUGUGGACAGUGCCGAAGAUGUGGAAUUCAACCCCCUUUGUCCCAAAGAGCUCUCCUCCUGUCAGACCUGCGUGUUACCCAGGGCUCAGGACUUGGUGAGAAGAUAUCUGGGGAGGAACACUGAGUCUCGGAACCAAGGAGAUCCUCCCUGCUCCGUGUGCGCAGGGAUCCCGGUUCAGAUUUCUGAAGAUGGGAACUACGUGUUGCCUCCUGUAGAUGGUGACUCUUGUAUGAAAAAUCAAGAGCUUCCUUGCCAGCAGUCUUGCAGGGACUCAUGUCUCAGUGGGUCGUGUAAUUGCCAAUGGAAAGGUCAGCAAACAUCCGUGAGAAAUCAUUUCUGUAGAUGUGACAGCGCUGGGUGGCUCUCACACCACGGUGACAGUGAGGGGGUGCACAGAAAGGGGACAAGCUGUAGUUUCCAUGGCUACAGAGAAGAGACCACGAAGGCGUCGUCACUGAAGCAGGACUUGAUUAAACUGAGGCCCGAGCCCUGCCCAUGUACGGAGUGUGGAAGAGCCUGGGGCCGUGGCGACGGCAGUGACCACAGCUCUCACACACACCAGCAGCUCCAUUCAAGAGGGAAGCCCUGUACACGCAGUCCGCGUGGAGAGGGCUGUCCCGACAGGUCAGCUCUUCACGUUCACCCAAGUGUGGAGGCAGGAGAUGCAGGUGCCGCUGAGAGGGCUCCCCUGCGGUCCCCUCCAGGAGCGUGUACAGAGCCGAGGCUGAGCCAAUGCAGCGAGAACGUCCGUCAUGGCUCUCCUCUUAACACUCGUGGAUGUGCCCACCCAGGCGACACCUCCCAGAAGGGCAGCGUCCCCGAGGAAGCUUUUGAUUGCUGUUUACACUGUAAUAGUAAUCUUAGGGCCCAUAUUAGGGAAGAACCCAACAAAUAUGAGAAGACUGGGAAUGUUUCUAAUCAGAGCUUAUAUCUUCAAGUUAACCAGAAAAUCCAUGCUGAAGAGAAGCUAUAUCCAGGUGUGGACUCUAGGGAAGAUUUCACACAUUGCUCAGAUUUCAACACUCAGCACAGAGUUCAUGUGGAAGAGACUCUCGGUAACUCUGAGUGUGGUAAGCACCUCAGUCCGCCCCCACCUUUCCAGUACUUUCCAACAGUGGACCCCAGGGAACAAGCACAUAAGCAUACAUGCACCACCAGCUUCGCUCAGAAUUUGUGUACUCACGGCCAUCAGCAGCUUCACAUCGGAGAGAAGCCUUUUUAUAAAGAGGGUGGGAAUGGCCAUAACUGGAGUCCCAGCCCCAGAGGCCAUCAGAAACGGAAGCCUCACAAAUGCAACACCUGCGGGAAGGCCUUCAGUCACAGGUCGGUCCUUAACGUUCACCAGAGAGUUCACACCGGAGAGAAACCAUACAAGUGUGGGGAGUGUGGGAAGGGCUUCAGUCGGAGUUCACACCUUCAAGGCCACCAGAGAGUUCACACCGGAGAGAAGCCAUACACGUGUGGGGAGUGUGGGAAGGGCUUCAGCUGGAGCUUUAAUCUUCAAAUUCAUCAGCGGGUUCACACAGGAGAAAAACCCUAUAAAUGUGGAGAAUGUGGCAAAGGCUUCAGCAAGGCCUCAACUCUCCUGGCCCAUGAGAGAGUCCACACGGGAGAGAAGCCUUACCAGUGUGACCAGUGUGGGAAGGGCUUCAGUCAGAAAUCGUACCUUCAGAGCCACCAGAGCGUGCACUCUGGAGAGAGACCGCACAUAUGUGGGGUGUGUGGGAAGGGCUUCAGCCAGAGAGCACAUCUCCAGGGUCACCAGAGAAUCCACACGAGAGUGAAGCCAUAUGAAUGUGAGGUGUGUGGGAAGGGCUUCAGCCAGAGUUCCCGCCUGGACGCACACCGCAGGGUCCACGUGGGGGGGAAACCGUACAAAUGUGCGAUGUGCACGAAGGCAUUUAGUGAGCCUUCCCGCCUCCAAGCACACCAGAGGAGCCACACAGGAGGAAGACCGUACAGAUGUGAACAGUGCGGUAAGGGCUUCGGUGGGUGUUCCAGUCUCCAGGCCCAUCACAGAGUCCACACUGGGGAGAAGCCAUACAAGUGUGAGGUGUGUGGGAAAGCCUUCAGCCAGAGGUCCAAUCUGCAAGCUCACCAGCGAGUCCACACGGGAGAGAAACCCUACACGUGUGACGCUUGUGGGAAGGGUUUCCGUUGGAGCUCAGGCCUUCUGAUCCAUCAAAGAGUCCACAGCAGUGAGAAGUUCUGUAGGCGGGAAGAGUGCAGGAGCAGGCAUCCUUCUGAGAACCUACGCAGAAACCAAGGCCUGGCAAAUGCCGCUCUGUUUUGGUAACGAAAGUGUAGUGUUUGGAAUGCCAGUGGUGGUUGGGAAACACCAUGGUGUAGAACUCUACCAAGAGUUUGCCAAAACCUCAACAAGCUGUUGCAGAGGAUCAAGAACUUCCUAACAUGCAUGUCAGCAGGAAUUAACAGAAGUAUGAUGUCCAUGUCCACCAGAACGUAAGCUCGAUGAUAGAGGCUCUGUCCACUGCCAAGGCUGCGAGGCCAUGACUGGAGAGGUGGCUCAGUGGUGACAAGUACUGGCUGCUUCUGAAGAAGACCACGUGGUGGAUAUCUGACACCUCCACGAUGCCCAGACAUAUGUGCAGGCAAAACACUCACAUACAGAAAAAUAAAUAAGUGAAACCAUGA